GGGUUUGGAUACUUGGACACUACCGAGGGACUGAGGAUACUACCAACCAACCAACCACUCCUCCCACCUCACCUGUCACCACCCCAACAAACACUACGUUUCCCCCGGCUGUUUGAGUAGGUUGAAGAGAAGCCGAGAAGAUGAAGAAAUUUCUACAGAAUAAGAAGGGACGCUACUCCUUGCGCCAGGCCAAGUCCCUGUCUCGGCAGUCGUCUAAAGAUUACUUCCUCAAUAUGCCGGCGUCCAACCAGGGCUGGCCAGAGGAGUUUGGCUUCCAGCUGGGGGGCAAUGGGCCCAGCUACAUCGUGGCGGUGGACGAGGGCAGCAGUGCCAUGCUCUCGGGCCUACAGCCUGGGGACCAGGUGCUGGAGAUCGAGGGACAGGAUGUGUCGGCCCUCAGUGCCCAGGAGCUCAUCGCCCUGGCCCAGUCGCAGAAGAACAUCCCGCCCAGCAUCGGCGUGGUCUCGCGCAUCCAGCAGAUGGACAUCAUCCCGGGCCCCGACGGCCGAUUCGGCUUCACCAUCGUGGGAGACUGCCCCCUACUGGUGGAGGACUGCUCCCCCUGCUCCCCGGCGGGUCGCGGUGGCCUGCGGGCGGGAGACUAUGUCAUGGAGGUCAACGGCAUCCCCGUCAAGGACCACGAGACGGCCGCACAGCUCAUCAAGGCCUCCCAGGGCCGCACGCUGCGUCUGGGGGUGCUGUGCAUGAGCAGCAGACAGAAGCGCUGCAGCAGCAUCGAGGACUCUUUGGGGAUGGGCAGCGACGGCCUGAGGAUGGACCGCAAACACAAGGCCCUGGAGUUCAACAGGAAGAUUGACCAAGUGCUAGGGAGCGAGCCGGAGGUGAAGGAGAGGCUUUUUGCUGUCCUGAAGCAGUACGCCGCCGAGAGGAAAGUUGAUUGGCUGGCCUCUGUGCUUCCGGACAUUCUGACCAAUGAGGAGCAUCAGAAGCUGAUUGCUAACAUCAGGAUCUUCAUCCCCAAGAAGCACCGGCAGCGUUUCGACGAGGCCGUGUCCCGGAGCCUGGUGGAACGGGCGUGCCGCCCGGCGAGCAAGGGUGGCGGUGGUGGUGGCGGCGGUGAGGGGGGCAGGGGUCGGCUACGUCGCAGCCGGAGCCAGGAGCACCAUGAGCGGUCACACAGCUCCAAGAGGACCAGCUCGGUGCCACGCGACCCCACCACCACCACCAGUGGCGCCCUGGAGAACGGCUUCCUGCGCAAGAGUGCCACAGCUAACAUCCCCACGCUCUCCAAUCAGAGGACGUUAAGGGUUAGCCGGGGCAAGAAGAGUUUUGGCUUUACCCUCAGGGGCCACGCUCCAGUCUGCAUCGACUCUGUCAUUCCAGAUAGUCCGGCAGAAGACUGUGGCCUGAAGCCAGGAGAUCGUAUUCUGUUCCUCAAUGGCCUGGACAUGAGGAACUGUUCCCAUGAGAAGGUGGUGUCUAUGCUGCAGGGCAGCGGGGCCAACCCCACGCUGGUGGUGGAGGAGGGCUCGGCCUCGUUCUCCGCUUCCGACUCGGAGGAGGCCGACCACGACCACUCGCCCCAGCCACCCACGCGACCCCCCCAGCUGCCCCCCCACCAGCUGCCCUCCCACACAGUAAAUACACCUGCGGCCCUCAGCUCACUGCAGUGGGUGGCUGAGAUCCUGCCGCCCAGCAUCCGCGUGCACGGCCGCACCUUCAGCCAGACCCUGGAGCACGUGCUCACGGGCCAGGAGAAGUACAGCAUCUGCAAGAGCCUGGAGACCUUCUUCAAGCACAGGAAUGUGGACACGUUGAUAGUGGACAUCUACCCCGUGCUGGACACGCCGGCCAAGCAGGUGAUCUGGCAGUUCAUCUAUCAGCUGUUGACCUACGAGGAGCAGGAGCACUGCCAGAGCAAGAUCUCACGCUUCCUGGGUUUCAAGACAGCAGAACCAGACCUGGGUCCGGAGAGCCACAGGCGUAGCAGCUCCAUGCGAGUCGCGGGGACGACGCAGAGGAACAGCAGCGUACGAGAGAGAAGCUCUGACGACUGCAUCAUCGGCACACACCUGGGAAUGGGGAUGUACACUGAGCCCACGCCCGAGGAGAGGCAGUGUGGAGAUGGCACCUCCUUCCCUGAGUCGCCCAGCAUGAACCAUCAUAUGUCAGGAGUUUACACGGAGCUGGAGGGUAUGUAUACAGGAAAGAGUGCUACAUCCUUCCAGCAGCAGCAGAGUCACCACUCCUCCCCGUCCAACAGCAGCGGUGGCCAUCCGGAGGGCCAAACACACCCGCGCUCAUCCUUCUCCUCAGGGACCCGCAAGUCCGGCCUCUCCCUGACAUGGAAGGAACCCAGCUCCCACUUCGACUUCUACCAACCUCCGCUUCCAGUUCCAGUUCCAGUUCCAGUUUCGGAACCUUCCCCUGGCAGCGUGGAGUCCAACCCGUACGUGACCUUGGACAGCCCCCUUCACUCGCCGACCUUCCCUCUCAUGAUGGACGACCUGCCCAGCCCACUCUCUCGCCGCCGCAAGCUGUUCACAUUCUCGCGGCCGCCCCGUAGCCGAGACACCGACAAGUUCCUGGACGCGCUCAGCGAGCAGCUGGGCCACCGUGUCACCAUCGUUGACGAUUUUGUGGGCGCCGAGAACGACUAUGAAGAGAUGAGUUUCCAGGACGAGCAGGAGGCCGCCACCGCUCUGCGUCGGCAGCUGAGUAACGCCAGCAGCGACAUGCACAGUGCCAGCAGCGACGACACCAACUCCCUGUCCUACUCCUCCGGCUCCGACCACAUCCCGCCCCCUCCCCAGAGCCCCCCGCCCCCGCCGCCCCCCGUGCAGUUCACCGACCCGCCUCCGCCCCUCUCCCUCUCCCUCUCCCUCUCCUCGCUGGCCCUGGAGCCUCUGCCUCUGCCUCUGUCUCUGCCCAUGCCUCAGCCGCCCCUGGCCUUCCAGCACCACCCCAUCAUCCCCGUGCCUCCACCGCCACCCCCGCCGUGUCCCUUCUUGGCAGGCAGGACCCCACUCAACAAGGUGCUGCCCACCUUGGAGGACCUGCAGGACCACAGCCGGCGUCACCACCACCACCGUCACCACGUCACCCACACCACCCACCAGCACCACCACCACCACCGCUCCACCUCCCAGGACCAGCGGGCAGCAGCAGCGCAGUCCUCCAACCCAGCAACAAGCACCUCUGGCCAGCCACGCUCAUCAUCAUCAUCACAGCAGCCCAGCAGCUGUAGUAGCCACCAGCUCCACCACCCGCACCACAGAAGCCAGACAGCCAUGAUGCCGUCUCCCCACACCUCCCCCCAGCCCCCGCGCUCCUCUGCUGCUGCUGCGGUAGCCGCUGCCGCCGCUGUCUCCUCACAGCCUCACACUCCACACCCCAUCCUCCCCAACCCCCCUCAACCCCAGCUCUCCUCCUUGUCCUUCCACACGCGCCAGAGCGGGGGAGGCGUCGGAGGAGGAGGGGUGAGUGGAAUAGGCGGCGGCGGUGGACACUCGUCCUCCAGGGCCCAGCAGCAGCAGAGCCACAGUUCCCUGCCCACCAGCCAGACCUACGAGAGUGCACUGUCCCAGAAGAUUCCCCCGCCCCCACCUCCGCCCCUGCCCCCACCCUGCGUGCCCCCUCCUCUGCCCAAGCCCACGCCGAACGCCUCGGACGCCAACCACAUGAGCGUGAAGAGGCUGCGCUGGGAGCAGGUGGAGAACUCUGAGGGGACCAUCUGGGGACAGCUUGGAGAAGAUCCAGACUACGACAAACUAAGUGACAUGGUCAAGUACCUUGAUUUGGAGUUGCAUUUUGGUACACAGAGAAGUUCCAUGUCUCUUCCAGAGCCCGCCUUCAUCCCCGAGACCUUCAAAAAGAAAGACGUGGUGGAGAUCCUCUCGCGUAAGAAGGCCUACAACGCCUCCAUCUUGAUAGCCCAUCUGAAGCUCUCGCCGUCUGAGCUGCGUCAGGUGCUGAUGACCAUGGGGGCGGAGCAUCGCCUAGAGCCCGCCCACAUCAAGCAGCUGCUGCUCUACGCCCCCGAUGACGAGGAGGUCAAACAGUACCGUCACUACCAGCUCACACAGGACCUGAGCAGGCUCAGCGAACCAGACCAGUUCGUACUACAGAUGUUAGCCGUCCCCGAGUACAAGACGAGACUGCGGAGUCUCCAUUUCAAGUCCACGCUGCAGGAGAAGGUGGAAGAGCUGAGCGCGGGGUACGAGUGUGUCUACAAGGCCUCCAUGGAGCUGAAGAGCAGCAAGAAACUGGCAAAGAUCCUGGAGUUUGUGUUGGCGAUGGGGAAUUAUCUGAACAAUGGUCAGCCUAAAUCAACUAGGACAACUGGAUUUAAAAUCAACUUUCUCACUGAGCUGAGCACAACGAAAACCGUGGAUGGAAAGUCGACGUUUCUUCACAUUCUUGCCAAAUCACUAUGCCAACAUUUCCCAGAGCUUCUCAACUUUGCCAGAGACCUUACGACCGUGCCACUUGCUGCUAAAGUCAACCAGAGAGCCAUCACCACAGAGCUCACAGACCUGCACUCGACUAUCGACGACAUCCGCACGGCCUGCCUGAAGAUACCAGCCACGGCCGACGAUCACUUCGCUGCCGUCAUGAGCAGCUUCCUGGAGAACAGCCACCCCGCAGUGCAGUCCCUGGAGUCGCUGCAGCAGCGGGCCAUGGAGGAGUUCGGCAAGGUGGCCUCCUACUUCGGCGAGGAUGCCAAGGCCACCACCAUAGAGGCCUUCUUUGGCAUCUUCGCAGAGUUCACCUCCAAGUUUGAGCGUGCAUUGCACGAAACCCAAGCCCCUGAAAACCCCCGCAGCCCAGGAGUGACCUCUCCCAUGGCCUGGUGAGAAGAACCUCAGCAGACGGGCAACUCGUCAUCAAUAAACACCCCAUCACAUCCUCCUGACCAGAGUGUGCCAACCGACCGCUCGUCCAGCAGUCAACUGUGGAAAAUGGGACAUGGUAAUUCAUCAAAUGGAAAUGAAAAAGGAGAGAAAUUGUUUGGAAGUUGUGGUCGGUUCAGAUGUUAUGGUGUCGGCCAAACAGAAUUUAGACAGAAAUGGUAUCAGAGCUCCAAUGCCUGAUGCAGUAUUUUAUUUAAGAAAAUCUAAAUAUGACAUAUAUCACACAAGAGAUGUUUAGGAGAUAUAUAAAUAUAUAGAUAUAUGAUUAUAUAUUUUAUACCGUGUUUGAUUAUAUUUGACAAUGAAAUUGCGGAGCAUGCAUAUGGACCUAGCAGUGGUCUCUGAAUGCCAGUGGCUAAGAAUGUAUCCAGAAUUACGUAUUUAUUUGUAGUUUGGUUAGAAACAUGUUCUGAUAAAUGUCACAAGAACUUCUAAUCAGUUUUUAUUUUGACUGGCUCCCCAAUCAACCAACCGUACUCACCACCUGCAUCCACACUUCUGCCGUAAAAAAAAUAUCACACAUUUGCAGUCAUGCAGAUUAAACGAACCCAUGGUAAUCUUAAGAAAUCAUGCAAAGUUCAACCUGAUUUAUUGAAAGGAUUUAUUGAAACCCCCGCAUGGCAUUUUAGCAAUGCAGUAUAGUUAAAUCAGUGUGGCAUUCGGCUUACUAUCAUUUUAUUUAUUUAUUUAUUUAUUUAUUUAUUUAUUUACCUACCUUUCACAACUCAUGUUCAGUCCACUACCUUCUGGUUUAACCACGACUGACUAUCUAGCAUGUGGCAUAGGAAACAGUGUGUGUGUCAGUACUCUACAGUGAACUAAAACCAUGGUGGAAAAAAUAGAAAUAUGACACUGUCAGUAUGAUUAUUUGCAAAGCAGGCUAGUCAUGCUUGGCUUACCCUAGUUUUAUCUUUUUUUCAAAAAUGAUUAUUAUUUGUAUGUACAGUCAUUGCUUUUGAAUGGAGUCAAUUAUUCUCCUCAAUCUUAAGACAUUGCAUCAUCAGGCACAUUUCUGUUUGUUUGUAUUGAAUUCAAGUGUGUUUUUGUUUAACUUUUCAUGUUUUUAACAUGUCACUUCACGUUUCUGUCAUUUGUUACCUUUAACUGGUGUAGCUUGGUUUAUGUUAGGCCUUAUUGUUAAACAUGAACCAAACAACUAUGUACAAACAGCCUCAGAUUUCAUCACAAUCAUUAUUUCAACUAUUUGCUUGUGACAAAAUGGCCCAAGGCUGCUGUGAUGUCAGUACAUUUUAUUUACUUGUGUUUGUAUUUAAUUGUGUAAUUUAUAUGUUUAUAUGUUACAAUUUAUCUCAGUAUCACUGUUCUGUAGUACAGCUACUGGCUUCAGUAUGUGGGCCAUAGGCAGAUAUGCUGCUUGAUGUACUGUAUGUGUUUUAUAUUGUGAAAAUAAAUUUGCUUUUGCUGAACCAUUAA